GUCCAUUUGCAUGUAAUGAUGACGCAAACGCGGCCGUGUAAGCUACGCGUCGGGAAAGGCGCCCUCCAAAUCAUAUGGGAGCUUUAUAUUAACCACAAAGGUUUUCCACUAUCAUAAUCUAAAAAGAUAAGCUGCAGAAUUUCUCCUAUUAAUUAUUCAAUCCAACAUGCUACCCUCCAACUUCUGUACAACCUCGUUAACACUUCAAUUACUAUGUCUGUUAUGUAUGCUUUUUCUUGCAUCUGCAUCAGGAGCCAUUUACAGUGCCCACUACUGCAGCAAUGAAACCUUUUACUCACCCAACACCAAAUUUCAAUCCAACUUGAAUACCCUCCUCUCUUCUCUUGUUUCAAACUCCUCCCUUCCCUCCAACAGCGGUUUCCUCCGAACCUCCGUCGACGAGAUCGACGGCCGUUUCCUCUGCCGCGGCGACGUCAACGCGACCGUCUGCCAUGGCUGCGUCGCCGCAGCAGCAGCCAACAUAACUCGCCUAUGUCCCAACGAUACCGAGUCCUACAUCUGGUACGACGAGUGUACGCUAAUCUACUCCAACAGCACCUUCAACAAUGAUGACAUAGUUCCCGGGUUUCCCCUCAAUGACGAAGGAAGCACCGUUAACUCAAAUCAGGACCACUUCAACCAAUUACUGUCGAACUUGUUAAACAGUUUAGAGGGAAAAGCUUUGGAGAGUUCCAUGGGAGAGAAGAAAUUCGCCGCAGGUGCGGUGAGUGUGACGAGCGCGCAAACGCUGUAUGGAAUGGCGCAGUGCGAGCCAGACUCAACGAGUGGUCGUUGUGAGGCGUGCUUUCGAAGCGCAAUUGCAGCUAUUCCAUCGUGUUGCAACGGAAGCGGAGGAGCAAGACUUCUGCUUCCCAUAUGUACCAUCAGAUACCAACUGCAUCCCUUUCUGUACAAUUCCACCGUGCUCAUUCCUUCUUCAGGUAGCAAAAGUACAUUGAUGAUUGUGGCAAUUGUUCUCCCGAUUGCUAUUUUGGCGCUGUUCUUGUUCAUAGGAUGCUGUUGGUGGCGAAGAAGGCAAAGAGAAAACCGUGAGGAUGUCCAGGAAGUGAAUGAUAGCAUUAGGAGAUAUUUGACUGAGGAAGAGUCUUUGCAUUUUGACUUGGCUACAGUAGAAGCAGCCACAAAUAGUUUCUCAGAUGAGAUGAAGAUAGGAGAAGGUGGAUUUGGUGCGGUUUAUAAGGGUACCUUUCCUAAUGGAGAAGAGAUAGCUGUGAAGAGGCUAUCAAGAACCUCCCUUCAAGGUGACAGAGAAUUCAAGAACGAGGUUCUACUUAUUGCUCAGCUUCAACACAAAAAUUUAGUUAGACUGUUAGGCUUUUGUAUGGAGACAACGGAGAGGAUACUGGUUUACGAGUUUAUCCAAAAUUCCAGCCUCGACCACUUUCUAUUUGGUCACGAAGACCAUGGAGUGCUAGACUGGGCAAGACGUUACAAAAUUAUAGUUGGGAUUGUACGUGGAAUUCAAUAUCUCCAUGAAGAUUCUCGGCUAAAAGUAAUACACCGCGAUCUCAAGGCAUCUAAUGUUUUACUAGAUGCCGAUAUGAAUCCAAAGAUUUCCGACUUUGGAAUGGCAAAGGUUUUCCAUGGAGAUCGAAGUCAAGAAAAUACAAGAACAGGAAGGGUAGUUGGAACUUUUGGUUACAUGUCUCCCGAAUAUGCCAUGCAUGGGAAAUUCUCAGAGAAAUCCGACGUGUUCAGUUUUGGAGUCUUGGUUUUGGAGAUCCUCAGUGGCAAGAAGAACACAAGUUAUUAUCGAUCACAUGAGGAUAAUGAUGACCUUUUGAGCUUUGCUUGGAAGAAUUGGAUAGAUCGAACACCGUUCCAGAUAUUGGAUCCAAAACUGAGAGGUUCUUAUUCUAGAAAUGAAGUUCAGAGAUGCAUCCAUAUUGCUUUAUUAUGCGUUCAAGAAAACCCAGUUGAGAGACCAUCAAUGGCGACAAUAAUGCUUGCAUUGAACGCUUAUUCAGUAACUUUAGGGUUGCCCAGACAGCCAGCAUCUCUUGUGAGAGGAAGAGUAACAACAGAGAGAUUAAGACAGCAGCAUGAUUCUGAUCAGUCCAACAGUUCUUCAAUCCCUUAUUCUGCUGCUGAUUCAUUAAUCACUCAAGUAUAUCCUCGUUAAAAAGCUCUGAAGUAUAGGGGUUUUACAUCAUCAUUCGUGGGCGUUUCAAUUUUUUUGGCGUCUCUCGUAAGUAUAUUUGAGGUAGGGUUAUAAUGGCGGCCUUCUUGUUUUUUACAAGCUGAUUUUGUUUGAAAGAUAAUAACUGAGAAAUCAUUUUGUUUAAUCUUUAGUAUUUGAAACAUUGGUGUCCUUAUAAGUAGAUUUGUCAAUGAAAUGUUGUGUAAUCUUGUGUAGCAAUGUUCAGGCAUGUAUUCUAGAAUGUACUUCCCCNGAGAUAUUUAGUGGUCUCCUUGCAUUGAACACCUUUUCCCAUUGGUCAUCAUCUGCCAUGAGCCUUUUACUGUGUUUUUGUUUUUCUUACCAUUUUUUAUGAAAUUUUCUUUUUCUUUAUUUCCCUUCCAAGGUUAUACAUAUGCUUGAANGUUUGCUGAUAUUUUUUUUCUUGCUAUUAAUGUAUAUAGAUUUUACAAACGAUAUCGGGCUCAAGAUAAAACACGUUCCAUGAAGACUCUAAGUACUAAGGAGGUAAUGUACUUCUGGUUCUGUACAAUAUGUGGCAUAUUACUGGAAUGUAGCUUCUUAGACAUUGGCAAUUAACUAUGCAUAGUUGGCUGAGUUCAAUAAAUGUCAUAACCACUUCUUUUAGGUUUAUCUAUCUAUAACAUUGCAUUAUCAUGAAUAUGAUUGCUAGAUUGUGCCAAAUUGAUGCAAAUGGGAAAAGGGGAGGAUAGGAGCAUGGGACAUAAUCAGUGUCAGUGGACGAUGGCAUGAAAAAUGUCUAACAUUGGACAUAACCGUGUUUACUUCUUUGUUAGUUUUUGAGAGGGGCUUCUAUGUAUGUUGCUUUUUGCUCUUUUUAAUCUAUGUAAAACACUUUAUUGUUUGCUAUAUUAAAAUAAAAUUCUGCAGUGCUGUUUUAGAAUAAAAUUCUGCAAAAAAAUGGGUGCUNUUUUGACAUAAAAAUGCUGCAGAAAAUUACUGUUGUUCUAUACUACAAUUUUGAAAAAACCUUUGUUGU